AGUCUCAAAAGAUGCAUCAUGAUGGUUCAUUAUUCGGCAACACUUUUCUUCGGAAUUUUAGAAUUGAGAAAUUGAAAAAACCACUUAUUGUGAAUUGUUUAUUCAAUUUUAUUUUAAAUAAUAAUGAUAUUCAGAAGCAUUGCAUUGCCCAGUAUUUUCACCAUUUUAUCAUACUCAUCAUUUUUCUGUUUAUACAGAGAACUGUCAAACAUAAUCUUAACAUAAAACUAUACCAUAGAAGCUUCGAGACGCUCAAAUCAAGUCAAUCAUCACUAUAAACCAAAAACUCCCAAUUUGUUGGAAUUUUUUUAUUGAAAUGUCUGCAAAAAAACGAUUAUUUGAAUCGGACUCGGAAGAAUCGGAUACAUCAAAAAGAGUAAAAAAGCCGUCACCAACGGGGCCAACAAUAAAUUCAUUUCAAAAUGCCGUUGCUUCAAUUCACACUCUUUGUGCAUUCAUUGCCGUAAGAAAAAUGAAUCUAAAAAAAGAAGAUUUGGACAUGGUGUUGGCCUCGUUGAACAAUGGUAUCGAACAAUUGGAAUCCGCUCGAAAAAGUUUAAAUGAUAAGAUGGAGCUGUAUAAAAAUAGCAGUGUUGAUGGGCUUGAAGAAGUUGAAAAGAAAUCUCCGUACAAAGGAUGUUUGGCCGACGAAUCAACAACACAAAAUCUAAAUACCGAUGAAGUGACUGACGUAUUCAUUAAAGAGUAUUGCAAAUUUAUCCGAAAGAUAUACACUGUGAUUGAAGGCGAUGAGAAGCACACAUUAGCAAAAAUCUUUGCAUUAGAGCGAACAUUAAAAACACAAAUGACGCUGUUAACAUCAUCGAAGGAACUAAUCCAAAAGUUCAUUGCUAGCCAAGGCAAUGCAUCUGACUCAUCAAUCAGUGCCACUCCAAACCCAUCGACGAGUUCGUCCACGAAGAAAUGAAUGGAAACGGCUGCAUGGAACCGCUCGACUUGAAAAAUUCCGUUGAAGAAGAAAUACUCAAGAUUUUUUGUUCACUCCUCUUUUCUAUCAAAAUAAAUAUAGCGUAGAAGCAAAAAAAAAAA